CACAAAUGAUAGCAUUGCCUUUCUCGAAAAUGAAAUUCACAAUAGUUUUGAACGAAGUGAGCAUGUAACAGCAAUAUUUUUGGAUCUAGAAAAGGCCUACGAUACCACAUGGCGAUAUGGUAUCCUCAAACAAUUGUUUGAGUGGGGUUUCAAAGGAAACUUGCCGUUAUUUAUAAAAAGUUUUUUAUCCCUUAGAUAUUUUGCAGUGAGAAUAAACGGAAAAUUGUCUAUGCUAAAAGUUCAGGAAAACGGAAUACCACAGGGGUCGACAAUAAGUGUCACCCUGUUUGCAAUAGCCAUAAAUAGUAUAGUGGAACAAAUUACAGGACCGGUGAAAAAGUGCCUAUAUGUGGACGACCUGGUAAUUUUUUGCUCAGGAAAAACAAUUGAAAGAAUAAACGAAAACCUGCAGAAGACCAUAAAUAACCUAAUAGGUUUUUCGGAAGCACGCGGCUUUAAAUUUUCAACUACAAAGACCAGUAGCGUGCAUUUCUGUAAGAAACACCGGCAUGAACAACCAGAGCUACGGAUGAGGAAUGUACCAAUUCCAUAUAAGGACAGUGUUCGUUAUCUAGGAGUAUAUUUUGACCGGAAAUUAACUUUCCGCGAUCAUAUUGGAGCCCUUGCUGUCGAAGCUAAAAAACGGCUAAACUUAAUUAAAUGUUUAUCCAACAUCGUCUGGGGAUCGGACAGAGAGGUCUUGAUUAGUUUGCAUGAGAAACUGAUUCUAUCAAAAAUGGAUUAUGGAUGUAUAGUUUAUUCAGGAGCAGCUAAAACAAAUUUACGAAUUCUGGACACUAUAAAUCAUACUGGAAUACGAUAUGCGACAGGGGCUUUUAGGACAACUCCAGUGCACAGUUUAUACUGUGACGCAGGAAUUGCGCCACUACAACUACGGCGUAAAAGGAUACUACUGAAUUAUAUAGCAGAAUUAAGGGCAAAACCGAAGCACAUAACAUACGAAACCUUCUAUGACGUAAUCGACUCCCACCUGGAUGUACACCAACGAAGACCGCCGAUAAUGCGAUCAUCGGCUGAAAGGGCGCGGUUAUGGGUGGAGAAUCUUGAUAUAAAUUUAAGCUCCGUUUGUACAAUUGAUUUGUAUAAGAUCCCACCGUGGGUAAUCCCCGAAAUCAAAAUUAAGACAGAUUUAAUGAAAUACAAAAAAAGCGAGACGAAUAGUAUUAUAUACCAAGAGACCCUAAAGGAAGCACUAUACAGUCACCAUAAACCAGAUGUCAUAUACACAGAUGGCUCAAAAACCAACGACGGCGUUGCAUGUGCUAUAUAUACCAACAUGCAGGCACAAUCAUGGACAUUAUCGAAGGAGACGUCGAUAGUCUCGGCAGAAUUACAAGCUAUCUGGCAAGCGCUAAUAUACUAUAUAAAUAGCAACAGCUCAAACACAUUGAUCAUUUGCACAGAUUCCCGAAGUGCAAUUGAGCGAAUACAAAAUGUAUAUACAACUGACAAUAUGACAUAUAGCAUUAUAACUUUAAUAAAUGAAAUCAGUAAAGAUGGAAAACAGAUCUAUCUCAUGUGGACGCCGGGCCAUACUGGCAUAGGAGGUAACGAGAAAGCGGAUAAAGCGGCAAAGGAAGCAACGAAGUACUGUAGUACGCUCACACAAAUAAAUGUCCAAGAUAAAAAAUCCUAUAUAAAACACUUAUGCAUACAGGAGUGGCAGAAGCUAUGGAGUGAGACCAGAUCGCACUUAAAACAAAUAAAACAUACGGUAGACAAAUGGUAUCUGCCAAAAGAAUUAUCUAGACAAGAACAAAUU